UUCCGGUCAUCAAUGGCAACAAAGAUCACCCCCCCCCUUUUCAUAGACCAGUCUCUUGUCAAAAUCUCUCUACCCACAACCCACCAACAAAGCCCGCCUCUACUUUCACAUCCCAAUUCGGUCGACUACUCCUUUGAACCAUGGUGCACACAUCGACAACAACAUGGGUCCAGACAAUCGCGCUUUGCCCGCGGGGCCUAAAAAUCAAAUGGAUAUAUUUCUCCCUUUCAUGUGCUCUCUCUCUCUCUCUCUCUCUCUCUCUCUCUCUCUCUCUCUGGUUACAUAUCAUCAGCCGGAUCAUUCGUAUUCUUCUCAUGCAACAUUAAGGUCCCUAUAGGCCGGCUGAUGCAAAAUCAAAACAAAGCCUUUCUUCUGUCCAGAGGAAGAGAAAAUCAAUACAAGAACCACAAAAGAUUCCACGAUCGACCGCCGCCACACUCUUGACGCAUAGACCAAGGGUAUUGACUCUCAUUACGCGGUAUUAUUCACCACCAUAAGCUGCCGCUCAGCACUACCCGUCUCCUCACCACCGUGUAGCCCGUAUUACUACUACGCUCAAAGAAGAGCAGCAGCAAAAACACCGGCAGCAACGGCAGCAAUGCCGUUUCCAAAGUUGGUAGGAGCGGCAGCCUGAGAAGUCGACGUGCCGGGAGGGUUGGUCUGAGCGGCGCCCUGGGUGUUGGUAGGAGAAGUGGUGCUAGCCUCGUCCUCGUCCUCGUCGUUGCUGCCGCUGCCACUGGGGGUGGCGUCAUUGGGGUCGAGGGUACCGCAGUGGUCCCUGAUGUCGGUGGUGCACUUCCUCAGCUCGGAAGCGCUCCCACCUUGUCUCUCGGCGGUGCACUGGCUGAAGGCUUCCUCGCAGAUGAACUGGGACAGGUUGGUCAGCGGCUAGUCAAGCGGGGCUCGUCCUGUCAAAGCAAAAAAGACUCACAGUAGGGAGGGUGUUGGCGUAGUAGUCAAGACCAGGAGUGGUGCCAUUGGAGCAAAGGCAUUCGUAAGUCAGGUCAGAAGGUUCGCAGUCGUUCUUUUGGAGGGAGCCGAAGCAGAGUAGGCCGCAGGAGUUGAACUGGGCAGUGCACCAUCCGGCUGUGGCAGACGGUCAGUUUCAUUUCUACUCGGUAUGCAACAGUGGUUCAGGUUCAGUACGACAUACAUCUUGUGGAGGCCUCGACCUUGGUGAUGUCGAUGGUGAAGUUUUGGUUCUGGGAAACAACAACAGUGACCGCGGAGAGGGCGGCGAGGAGGAUGGAUUGACGCAUGGCGAAGGUUGGACUUGUUUUUGGUUUGGUUUGUGUUGUUGUGACGGAGAGGGGGAGAGAGAAGAGAGAGGAAGCUUUCCACAAAAUCGAGCGAGAUGGAUGCGGCGGGCGUCGCAAAGAUAAGGCACGAUCAAGGAUGGAUCCGGAGGUCGGUGGCAGGGGUACCCGUGGGAGGUGGAAAAUGUGCCGUAAUGCCACGAGCGCGGGGUUCCUAGUUCCUGUUGUGAUGGAGUAUCCGUUGUGGUAUGGGGAUAGCUUAAUGGACUACCUGGUAAUAAAGUGGAAGAGUGAAGAGAAGAGCACGAGAGAGAGAGAGAGAGCAAGAUCGGGAGGAAACAGGCGCCAUUUUGAGCAAGGGACGAAACAUAGUGUUUGAUUGCCCUGUGUUUUGGAGCUCGGCGCUGGAGUCGCCGGGAAGCAACCCUUUGGGGAAAAUCAGAGGCGGGAAGGUGCCAGAGCUUCACGAUGGCCGUGGGAAAAUUGUGGCUGGUGAGCUCUUGAUUGGCCGAUCCGGUGUGGAAGCGGCAGGGAAAAGCCGAUUUUGGUGCUUGGCGCUACUGCAGACAGCUCACUGCGCUGACCGUUCCCGUCGUUCCUGGCGCUGGUUGUCCUGGAGCCUGCCAGCUAGCUCUCUGGCCUGGCACCCACUGACACCUUGAACAGUCAUCACAGCUAAGGUAGAGAGACGAUCCGGGGAGACGUGCAUUGGUUUUGUUGUGCAUGUGCCACUCAGUGUUUAUCGCCGCAUUGCAUCCAGGUCUCUUCUUUGCACGACAUGACAUGCUGUACACUACGGAGUAUAGCAUCUAAAAAUUCUCCAAAAUGCCGAGAGGACGCUUUCUUGAAGAAUGUGCUGAGACCAAAACGCCGGCGGGCCAGCGCAAAUUGAGCUCUCAGCCCGCAAUGCCGAAUGACGCAGGCUCACAGGAACUCGCGGGCUCUCCCGCCGGGGGGCGUGGAUCAAUUGGGUAGGUUGUGUGGUAGAAGGUACCUUGUAACAGACCUUUCAAGAUUCAUCACCAUUUCCCUGUUUAUCGUCUGUUCUUUUUGUUUGUUUCCCCUUCGCUUGAGCGCUUGCAUAAAGACACAGAGGGUAACCAUCCCUCCCAAUCAACAUGAGAUGAACUUCUGACCUUGCGUCUUCCUGGAAGUCUCGGAUAUUGAAGCUCCAAAUUCUUCUCCAGCACAGCGGAGCGGCAUGGAGAAGCCCAAGAACCCAAGACCCGACCGAUCACGCGCGAUAAGCAUUGAAGACGCUAAAAUGGCCCCGCCCUCCACUUUCCUGCUCAGGAACACAUGGGCCUUUUCGGCCAAUCACAGCCGCGAAUUGGAACAAUGGUCGCUCCAGCAUGUCUCUCCACGUCACAAUUUCCGUGCGGUGUCAAAGAGAAUCAGAGCCACAUCUUCAACAAAGAGACGGUGUGGCUAGCCGUUGCUUGGGAUAUCAACAUUCAACACCAACCUCCCGGUUCAUGAUGCAUUCUGUCUGUCUGUCUGUUGCGGCCCAACGGAUUAUCCAUACAGCAUGUUUGUUGACUCGCUGUUACUACGGUCCGCUGUAACCAUCCUCCUGCUGCCUUCGCAUCGGACAACCUGCUCCUCUAAAGGUCGGCUUACAUAAUGCCACAGAAAUAUGCCAACCCUUAUUGGCCGCAGACGCAACGUUCCAGCGACGAGACCUAGGACAUGAUGAGAUGACACAGAUCAUGAUUGGUUUCUCAAAGUUCCCUGAAGAGAUCAGGUUUUGCUUGUGGGUAUUCUCAAAAGAUUGUACAUGUUGGAAUAUUAUAGCUCAUAGCCUUCUUUGACAAUAUGUCGUCGGCGAUACCGCCUUGCCGAACAAAUUCAAUCCGAGCUCGGGAGCAGGGAGCCGAUCCUUUGCGGUGAUGUCCAACGUGCAUUUCAGCCCUGGUACCCCUCUGAUCCUCAUAAGCCUCCGAAAUUUCUGCCCAUUUCGCUGUUGUGAAACUCUCCACCACACUCUCCAAACCAUCUUUCACGAUGUUGAUAUUGGCUCUGGUCGUCUUUGGCGUUUUCUGGCUUUACCGGUUCAACUCGGCCUUGAGAUCAACCCCUGAGGAAGCCCGCAAAUUCUCACCCAAGCGCUGGACAAAAGAGCAGGUGAAGGAUGCCUAUGAAAAUGUCAAGAAAAACCCCGUCAACUUUCUCAAACAUGUGCCCCCCGCUCAAGAGAGAAGAUACAUAAUCGUCGGCGGCUCGGGCCUUGUGGGUGGUGACAUCGUCCUCCAGCUCCUCGAGCGAGGCCAAUCCCCCUCCAGCAUCCGCAUCCUCGACUUCGCCCCCAUCACCAGAGACGACAUGCUCCCCAAGACCUCCGCCUGCGACUUUGUCCAAACAGACAUCACCUCCAUCCCCUCCGUUGAAGCCGCCUUCUCCAAACCCUGGCCUCCCUCCGUCUCCCACCUCCCCCUCACGGUCUUCCACACCGCAGCCGUGAUCCGCCCCCAAGAACGUCACCCCCUCCUCUACUCCCGCGUCAGCCGCGUCAACCGCGACGGCGCCAUCAUCGUCCUCAACACAGCCAAAAAGCAGCACCACAACUGCGACAUCUUCAUCGCCACCUCUUCAGGUUCAGUCAGCAUAACCCCCACCCGCUUCAUCCCAACCUGGCCCUGGCAGUCCCAUCCCGCCGGCUACUUCCAGCUCUGCAACGAAUCCGACUUUGACCUCCCCCUCCGCCCCCACUCCCACUUCUUCGCCAACUACGCCCGCUCCAAAGCCGAAGCCGAGAGGGCAAUCUGCUCCGCCAACACAGCCAACUUCCGAACCGGCUGCCUCCGCCCGGGAAACGCAAUCUACGGCCAAAAGACCGACCCCUUGGUUGGGAACAUCCUCCGGGAGGGGGAGUACAUCGCCUUUACUCCACAGGUGAUCCAGUCAUUUGUCUACUCCCGCAACGUCUCGUUGGCGCACCUCCAGUUCGAAGCCGCGCUCCUGCCAUCCCCCUCUGGUACCGCCCCCCCGGCGUGUGCAGGGAGACCGUUCGUCAUAACAGACGCCGGACCACCCAUCACCUUCCGUGACAUGGCCCUAGCAUGUGAGACGCUCUCCGAUGCCAAGUUCGCUUACUCUGAGGCUUCGCCCCUCAUCAUCCACGCUAUCGCUCACGUUAUGGAAUUCUGGUCGUUGCUCUUGGCAAGAGCCCCGUUUUUGACGAGGUGGUUUGGGUGGAAAGAGGCAAAGGGGCCGAUCAGUAUGCUCCAGCCUGCGGUGUUGAAUGUGGGGAUUCACUCCGUGGUGGAUGACAGCAAGGCCAGGAGGAGGGUGGAGGAGGGGGGGAUAGGGUACACGCCUGUGGCGAGCACACUGGAGGGGAUCUCGAUGCAGAUUUCGGAGUUUAAUGAGGAUGUGAGGGCGGGGAGGAUCAAGGGGGUGGGGUUGAGGGAGGGAAAAAAGAUGGCAAUGGUUGCUGAGGAGGCGGGGGCUCUUGCUUCGUAAAGGGGGGGGUUGUGAGGAGGUGGUUGAUAUAUAUAUAUAUCGGAGUGACAACUUGGUCGGGUUGCCAAUGCCGUAAGUUUUUGGCAACGAGGUAGGUAGGGAGGGUGAAACAGACAGUCGAACAAAAACUUGGCCAACGUCACCCGGUUGGAGAAAAAAGUAUAAAAGGUGAACAGCCUUACAGAGAUUAACUGUGUCAUAUCCAAUCUUGCCCUCUCUGUCUGUCUCGCGUGGGAAGCGUAGCACACACAGUCUCCCGACGCCACACCUCUGUUCAACUCGAACCCAACCAUAGAAACAGACG